UGAGACAAAACAACAUCCUAAAAUUUGAAUACAUCUGGCCUUGGUGAAUUUUACCCUGUUGAGGAAGUCAAAAGCUUGUGAUGAGUUGGGAGUCUCUCCAGAAACUAUCAUAGCUCAUUUGGGAUUUAACAUUACUAUGUGUUGAUGUUUAAGUUAAAUGGGAUUUUUUUUCCUUUGACAAAAAUGACACUGUACACCCACACAUAGCUCAUCAGUUUAAUAAAAUAACAAAACAACUGCCUGGUACAUCUGCCUUGAUUGUCAGAAGGUUGGUGUAAAUAUAAGCACAUCUGAAUCAAGCAAAUUCAGCAUGUUUGAGUCAGUGACUUCCUUCCGAAGACAGCUUCCUAUCUAGACCACCAAUGCCACCACUAAGUUCCUCUUAGGUUCUUCUGCUUCUUUAACUUGCCAUGGCUGAUGUUGAAAAGGUGAUCUAUACUUUUUUGGAAGUCUCCAUUGCUAUAGGAUGUUGCUUUGGCAACCUGCUGGUCUUCUGGGCUGUCUGGUCCAGGCGAGCUCUCCAACAGACCACAUUUUGUUUUGUCGUGUCGCUGGCAGUUGCAGAUUUUUUGGUGGGGGCUGUGGCUGUGCCUCUUGCCUUGGUAGUUGAUAUAGGUGUGGAGACUAGUUUCCACAGCUGCCUCUUUAUCAGCUGCGUGAUCAUCGUGUUGACCCAGGCAUCUGUACACUCCCUGCUGGCCAUCGCAGUCGACCGAUCCCUGCGUGUCUAUAACCCUCUCAGGUUCAGAGGAGAAGGCAAAAAACAACACUUGUGGGCAGCCAUCACAGUAUGUUGGAUCUCCGCUUCCAUACUGGGUCUCAUCCCUUUGUUUGGAUGGCACAAAGUUGACCUGACGACAAACACCAACUCAACCAUUAAGUGCCAAUUUGUCACAGUCAUAUCUAUGUCCUAUAUGGUCAACUUCAACUUUGUUGCCUGUAUACUUACACCCAUUGUCAUAAUGUUUGCCCUCUAUAUUUUUAUCUUUUAUACAAUAUCUAAACAACUGAGAAAUGGAGUCGGGAAAGCUGCGGAGUCCAGGUCGUUUUAUCGUAAAGAGCGAAAACUGGCCUGUUCACUAGCAUUGAUCCUGGUACUGUUUGCCGUGUGCUGGCUUCCACUUCACAUCAUGAAUACGGCUUACUCCAUCACAAAUCAACCUUUACCCCAUGUAGUCAUCCACAUAGGGGUACUCCUCUCGCAUGCCAACUCUGCAGUUAACCCAAUAGUGUACGCUUUCAAGAUCCCAAAGAUUAAGGCGGCAUAUAAAGCCAUCCUAAUUAAGUUAAUGUGCUUUAGAACAGUAGGCAGACCAGAGCAGCCAGACUUUGGAUAAUAACGCCAGCAGCAACUCAAACAGCAUUAUCAAAUGUACCAUGAAAAAAGUCCCACUCCACAGGUUGUUUGUACCAUAAAUCAGAAAGAUUAGCAUGUGUCUAUGGGUCUAUGCAUCAAACAAAAUAUACGCUAACCUUAUUAUGAACUGUUGAUACACUACCAGUCUAAAGUUUGGACACACUUUAUGGACAUAAAGUCUCUGGUAUGCUUUGGUUUUGUUCACAUGCCGUUCCAUGGUCGAGCUCUCAGUCUUUAAAAGUUUGCUCUAUAGGUCGCUUUUAAACUAGGGAAAGCUUGGAAGGAGCAUAUGACGCAUGGGAAUACGUAAGGUACGUUUGGAAGGCGUGUCCCACAGAGGAAGAGGCAUUUUUUUUCCCUCCAUGUUUUUUCGAUUUCACCGCACAACUACAGUAGUCCCGCUUUUCUGAGAUUCUCAUUGGUCAACGCAUGCCUACGUCAGAUUGCGUUCAGCAAAAGUUUAAAUGCUCUCAGUGGCUGAGCGUCGCUAUUGAAAAUCCUUGGGUUUUCCCUCUCUGACCAACCGAUUCACCAUCCCCAUUUCAAUCAAUGCUUUUGCAGCAUUCUCUGACACACCAUAAACUGUAGGUGUGUAGGCACUUUUAAGGCCUCUGAUCGGCCCCGGUCGACCGCGUUGCCUAUAUAAGCAAACUCCUGUGACUGUGAGCGAAUACGACUGCAUUCGACGCAUGCACACCGCGACUGCAUUGUGAUACUCUUUUAGCACAGACGAGGACUGUCCGCGUUGAACUCCCAAAGAAUACUUUGGUUAUCCGCAUUGCUGAUCACUCCGCCCACACAAAUUUCAUCAUCAGGACUGUCCGUGCGUGGCCUAGAUUUUCUGGACACACAAGGACUGUGCGCAUUGUCGGCGCAUACAUCAGCUGUUGACUGCACUAAAAGAGCAUCACAAAGCAGUUGAGUAAACUUUAAAAGGCAAUGCAGUUGACUUGGCACGAUCCGAUCUGGAAUGUAGAAAAACAAAAUAUAUCCGGGCCUUGUCGAGAAAAUCUGGGCAUGUCCACGUGGACUGUAUGACAGUCCACAUGGACUGUACUGAUGACGAAAUUUACGUCAUGCAUGCUGUGACAACAGAAAUGUACUUUGGCCUUUACUCUUUUUAAUCACAAGCACAUUAUUACGUGUUUGACGCAUAUGCACUACGAUUGUUUUGUGACUCUUUGUUACAGUCAACGGCAGGUGCACAUGCACAGAUGAGGACUGCAAAACCUGGGCUGUGAAACAGAAAGGAAUUUGUGAUGUAAAGUAUUAUACAUAGACAGAGUGUUUGCUUCUUUUUACCAGCUUCAAAGUACAUAUGAUAUACCUACAUCAAGUUACUUUAGGUUUCUACAUAUUCGGGAUUAUGUUAGAAAGCACAUCCUUAAAUUUGGGACUAUUUGUUAGCAUGAAACCCUUGAACUCAUUAACAAAUUGAAUCCACAUAGUCACGAAUACGUUGGUCAAAAGUUUUUCGAUGCCUCGCUGAGGAAUUUAAUAAGAACCUUGAACCAAAUCCCAUCAUAGCCAUCAUUUGAUGAACAAGCUCAUUGCAUUUAGAAAAUAAAAAUGAGAAGCAGUUUCUCUUAGUAUGGUUAUUGCAAAAAUAUGUGGAAGUCUGAAGCAAUAUCAACUUAGGAAAUGUGGAAGAGAAAAAGUGGAUGUGUAUUACAUUUAGGAAUGGUAUGAUGUCAGUGAUAAAGCUGACAUCUUUCAAAUGUUGACCAUUAGUACUGUCAAGAGUGAUUAUAACCAUGGACUGGACUUUGAAAAGUAUAAAUAAACAUGAAAAACUGGGCUGUACGCGGACUGGGUUGAUGAUGAACUUCGUACGUGGGACGUACUGGCAUGCGGAAAACCGAAGUAUACUUUGACCUUCGGUCACUUGACAUGUUUUAAUUGAUUGGAUUGUUAUCUGAUUGGGAUACAUGGGAACUACUUCAAUACUGUUUAAAAAGUUGGUUGAGAGAUUGACCAUGCAAAGCUGGAAUCCAGUCAAAUAAGCUCAAAUAUUUUUUGUUGCGUGUGUGUGUUCACUACAUUAUUCCUAUACAUUCAUUGGUGUUAUUUCAGAGUUUCAAAUGGUUUUAAAAUGUGGAAAAUAGCAAUAAUAAAGAAUGAAUAGGUGUGCCAAACUUGUGACUGGUAGUGUACACAGCAGAUAGCUUGAUAUACAGCAGAUAGUUGUUAUACAUGCUUUUAUUUCUUCAAGACUAGAUUACUGUAAUACAUUGCUCUGCGGCAUUUCUCAAACUUCACUGUCACGUCUGCAGUUAGUCCAGAAUGCUGCUGCAAGUUUGUUGACCGGGAAAAAACAACAACAAUAUAUCCCGUGUUAGCAUCUCUUCAUUGGCUUCCAGUCAAAUUUAGGAUUCAAUUUAAGAUUUUAUUAUUUACUUUUAAGGGUUUACAUGGCAUGGCUCCUCCCUAUAUUACGGAUCUCCUUCAGCAACACACGCCUUGUAGACUACUAAGGUCGUCACAGAGUUUAUUUUUAACGAUCCCGAAGUCCCGUCUUAAGUCAAAGGGAGAUCGGGCCUUUUCAGUGGCGGCACCACGGCUGUGGAAUAGCCUUCCACUACAUAUCAGGUCUUGUACAUCAGUUCAUGUUUUUAAAUCUUAUUUGAAGUCUCACCUUUUUUCACUUGCUUUUAAUUGUGCUUAAUGUGGGUUCUUAUUUUAUGUGUUUUUUUUAUAUUUUAUAUAUUAUGUAUUUAUAUGAUCUGUUUUUGCUAUAAUGUGAAGCACUUUGGUCAACAUGUGUUGUUUUAAAUGUGCUAUAGAAAUAAAAUUGAUUGAUUGAUUGAUUGAUAUACUGCAUUAAUCACUGCAAUAAUGAUCCAAUCAUAGGCUCUUAAGUAUCUGCUUAUUUAAAUCCAAAUGGCGACAGUGUAUAUCAGCCGUUAUUU